GCAGCACUCCGUACAGCAUGAGGGACACUGAGCCGGGAUGCUGAGCCAAAAUAAUGCUGAUUUAAUGACAAGAGUGUGCUAAAACUGUGUCAUUUUAUAACCGAGCACACUAAGGAUAGUUGUAGUACUUUAAUUUAGCAACUGACAAAACCAUGUUUCGGCAAACGAGGGCGGUGCUCCAGAAACUUCGGUACAUAAGUUUCAACGGACAGCAGCAAACAUGGAGGCUGAAGAGCACUUCAGCAAGAGAGAGGGCUCUUCAGUACCAGCCAGGACAGAAGCUACAUGGCUUUACAGUCAGAGAGGUUGUUGCCGUCCCUGACUUGUUUCUCACAGCAGUAAAGCUGAGCCAUGACAAAACCGGAGCUCAGUACCUGCAUGCAGCCAGGGAUGACUCCAACAACCUCUUCAGUGUCCAGUUCAGGACGACCCCUCUGGACAGCACCGGGGUCCCACACAUUCUGGAGCAUACUGUGCUGUGUGGAUCUGAAAAGUAUCCUUGCAGAGACCCCUUCUUCAAGAUGCUCAACAGGUCCCUGUCCACGUUCAUGAACGCUUUCACAGCCAGCGACUACACCAUGUAUCCGUUCUCCACCCAAAACGGGAAGGACUUCCAGAACCUUCUGUCAGUCUAUCUGGACGCAGUUUUCUUCCCUUGUUUACGAGAACAGGAUUUCUGGCAGGAAGGUUGGAGGCUGGAGAAUGAAAACCCGUCAGAUCCCAGCUCCCCUCUGGUGUUUAAAGGAGUGGUGUUUAAUGAGAUGAAGGGAGCUUUUUCGGACAACGAGCGUCUGUACGCGCAGCACGUUCAGAACAAGCUGUAUCCGGACCACACCUACUCUGUGGUUUCGGGAGGAGAACCUCUGGCCAUCCCCGACCUCACCUGGGAGCAGCUCAAACAGUUUCACGCCACACAUUACCAUCCCAGCAACGCCAGGUUCUUCACUUACGGAGAUUUGCCGUUAGAGAAUCAUCUGAAGCAGAUUGAAGAGGAAGCUUUGUCCAAGUUUGAGCGCAUCAACCCAAACACAGAAGUCCCUUCACAGCCUCACUGGACCAGUCCUAGAGCGGACCAUGUGACCUGCAGCCCCGAUGCUCUGGCUCCAGAUCCAGCCAGGCAGAACACUCUCUGUGUGAGCUACCUGCUGGGAGACAUCACCGAUACGUUUGAAGGAUUCACUCUGAGCCUGCUGUCAUCUCUGAUGAUCUCUGGACCAAACUCUCCUUUCUACAAAUCUCUCAUUGAACCCAAGAUAGGAACUGACUUCUCCUCUGUUGUUGGGUAUGAUGGCAGCACUAAGGAGGCAUCGUUCAGCAUUGGUCUUCAGGGAAUGGCCGAAGAGGACACGGAGAAGGUCAAAGAAAUCAUCAGCCAAACCAUCAAUGACAUUAUAGAAAAUGGCUUUGAGGAGGAGAGGAUUGAGGCUCUCCUCCAUAAGAUUGAGAUCCAGAUGAAGCAUCAGUCCACAAACUUUGGCCUUUCUCUGGCCUCGUACAUAGCGUCAUCGUGGAACCAUGACGGUGACCCGGUGGAGCUGCUGCGACUCAGCGAAAGUGUUGCCAUGUUCAGGCAGGCCCUGAAGGAAAACCCACGUUUUCUCCAGGACAAAGUCAAACACUACUUCAAGGAGAACACACAUCGACUGACCCUGUCAAUGAGCCCAGAUGAUACCUACCUGGAGAAACAGGCCAAAGCUGAAGCGGAGAAGCUUCAGAAAAAGAUAGAGGCUCUGUCUGAUAGCGACCGAAAGGAGAUUUAUGAGAAAGGUCUGGAGCUGCUGGCUGCUCAGAGUAAAACCCAGGAUGCCUCUUGUCUGCCUGCACUCAAAGUGUCCGACAUCGAGCCAGUGAUUCCCACCACUACUGUUCAGAUGAGCUCUGCAGGAGGAGUGCCGGUUCAGUACUGCGAGCAGCCCACCAAUGGUUUGGUGUACUUCAGGGCCAUGUGUAGUCUCAACACCCUGCCAGAGGACCUCAGGCUUUAUGUCCCGCUUUUCUGCAGCGUCAUUACCAAGAUGGGUUGUGGAGGUCUGGACUACAGGCAGCAGGCCCAGCAGAUGGAGCUAAGGACCGGAGGCAUGUCUGUUUCCACUCAGGUCAUCUCCGACUACACCCAGCUGGACUCGUUUGAGCAGGGCGUCCUCUUGUCCUCCUCCUGCCUUGAAAGGAACCUUCCUCACAUGUUUGAGCUGUGGAGCGACAUUUUCAAUAAGCCUCACUUUGACAACGAGGAGCGCCUCAGAGUGCUGGUGAUGAUGUCGGCACAGGAGUUGGCCAAUGGCAUCUCCUACUCUGGUCACAUGUACGCUGUGACCCGGGCAGGUCGUCAGCUGACCCCAGCAGGAGACCUACAGGAGACCUUUAGUGGGAUGGAACAGGUGAAGUUCAUGAAGAGGAUAGCUGAGAUGUCAGACCUCACCCAAGUCAUCCGGACAUUACCCAGGAUCAAAAACCACCUCCUCAACCCGGCCAACAUGAGGUGUGCAGUCAACACAACGCCACAGAAGAUGUCUGACACAGCCACACAACUGGAGAGUUUUAUGAAGGAUGUGGCUGCAAACAAAAAGGAGCGAAAACCCAUCAGAGCAAAUAUUAUUGAGAAGCCACUAGACCCUCAGAAUGACUUCGGCCCAAGUAGGAAACUCUUAUCUGAUCUGGAUUUUCAGCCUUGUCAGAUGAAAACUUUCUUCGAGUUGCCCUUCCCUGUCAACUUUGUCAGCGAGAGUAUUCGCACGGUGCCGUUCUCCCACGAGGAUUACGCCAGUUUGUGCGUCUUGGCGAGAAUGAUGACGGCAAAGUUUCUCCACGGCGAGAUCCGGGAAAAAGGUGGAGCGUACGGCGGCGGAGCCAGGAUGGGAGCAGGUGGACUGUUCUCCUUUUACUCUUACAGGGAUCCAAACUCGGUACAGACAUUAUCUGCGUUUCAUAAAGGCGUUGACUGGGCAAAGUCAGGACAGUUCACCCAACAAGACAUCGAUGAAGCCAAACUGUCAGUGUUCUCAGCUGUGGACUCCCCUGUGGCCCCCGCUGACAAAGGAAUGGGUCGAUUCCUCAGCGGAGUCACAGACCAGAUGAAGCAGAGCUACAGAGAAAGACUCUUUGCCGUCAGUCAUAAAAACCUGGUGGAUGUGGCUGAAAGGUACCUCUGUGUUGGUCAGAAGACGUGUGGUGUUGCCAUCCUGGGCCCAGAAAACGACGCGAUUAAGAAAGAUCCCUCAUGGGUUGUUCAGUAAUAAGACGGUAUUUUUGAAACUGAAGACUUGGCCUGGAUGUACAGAAAACCCAAAGGCAAGGCUGACGUUAGGAUGUUUUUUGAAAUUGUUGCAAAGAAGCUGAAGCGCACAACAAAGAGGAGGAGCGUGGAUCAUGUUUGUCAUUUGACUCAAUGAGAUUAAUGCUGUCUGCAUAUUCCGUUGUGUACAUAAAUAAAUAUAACAAUAUAUUGAAAUACAAAA